CUUUCACCAUUCUCCUACCUCUCUUCCAUUCCAACCACCCCGCACUAGGCCUCCGAUGAUUCAAUCCGCCGGCGCCAUGGGCACCAGCGCCGCCGCCGCCAAGCCCCCGUCGUUGCGCCUCCGGUGCGUGCUCAUCUCGUGCGGCAUUGGCAGCAUCCUCGUCGCCGCCGCACUGCUCGCCGUGACCCUGACCGUGUACCGCGUCCGCGAGCCCGUGAUGACGAUGAACGCCAUCUCCCUCAAGGACCCCGCCGCCGCCGCCGCGUACUCCUCGUCGCCGUCGACGCCGCCGCCGCUCCUGACGCUGACGGUGGUGGCGGACGUGUCGGUGAGGAACCCGAACGCGGCGUCGCUGCGGUACGGCGCGACGGAGACGUCGGUGUACUACCGGGCGCGGCGGGUCGGGGAGGCCAGGGGCCCGCCGGGGACGGCGCCGGCGCGGCGCACCGUGCGGAUGAACGUGACGGUGGACGUCGCCGUUGGCGCGCUCCUGAGGGACCCGGCGUUCCUGGGGGAUGUGGCGGCGGGCGGCGCCGUGGAGGUGGCCACGGCCACGCGGGUGCGCGGGCGCGUCGCCGUGCUCGGCGGGCUGGUGCGCCGCCGCGUGGUGCUGGAGAUGAACUGCACCGCGACCAUCGCCGUCGCCGACAUGUCCAUCAGCGACCAGAGCUGCGAGCAGCGCGUCUGGUUGCAGUAGAUGAUGGAGCUGAGCGCGCUGGAUGGACGUACACGUACCAACAGGUAGUUUAGCAGCAGCUAGCGAACCUAGCUUAUGUACGCUCUCUCAUGCAUCGCCGUGUGAUUACCGAUGUCGAUACAGUACGUGAUAAUAAGGUCGAUCAUCUGCUUGUACUCCAUUGAUUUAAUGUUCAUAAUUUCGUAUA